AUGAUUAUAGUAAUGAACACGAAGAACAUGGAGAAGAAGACAACGCAGGCUCAUGUGGAUCAACUCUGCCCACUUGAUCACCGAGGGAAGAAACAUGAUGCGCUGGCGAAGAGACAUAAUAUACGGGUAGAAGCUCUGAAAAAGGUAUUAGACGCAAUGUCCCCAGAAAAUGGAUCUCCUAUGGUUCUAUUGUGUCGGGGCGAAAGCUCCCAUUGCUCAAUAUUGCCUAUACCAAUUUCAAACUCGGAAGACGAGGUAGAAACAUGGAGAGAGAUACACAGGGCUUGGUACGCGCGCAGAGGAUAUUGGAGGAAACGUCUGCUGGGAUAUAGUGUCACACGAGUGGACGCUGUCAAUGUUUGUUUUCAAAUAUUGUCAUUCUGA